UCCUACAAUCAUUUCCUGUUAUUUUAACCAUUUUGCCCUCUACUUGACCAAAUGUAUCAAUUUCAGCAGAGUAUGGAUGAGAGAUUGAGGAAGGCUGCUGAACAAGGAAAUGUUGACACCUUGUAUGUCCGAAUCAAAGAGAACGUACAUGAUUUGGAGAGCAUUGAUGGAGUCCCAUUUAUUGAUACUCCAUUGCAUAUAGCUGCAUCCAGAGGGCAUAUGGAGUUUGCUAUGGAGAUAAUGAACUUGAAGCCAUCUUUUGCUAGGAAGCUGAACCAAGAUGGACUUAGCCCCAUGCACCUUGCUUUGCUAAAUGAUCAUGAUCUGUUGGUGUUUUGGCUCCUGUCUAUUGAUAAAGGUCUUAUCCGCGUCAAAGCUAGAGGUGGUAAGACUCCCUUGCAUUACUCAGCGGAAAAAGGAAACUGGCUAAUGUUGGUUAGAUUCUUUGAAGCCAUUCCUAAAUCCAUCAAAGAUGUAACUUACGAAGGUGACACUGCUCUGCACAUAGCAGUAGAAAAUGGCAAUAUUGAAGCUUUGCAAGUUUUGAUCGAAUGGAAUAUUAUAUUUCGGAGAGAACUCUUGAUCCGGAAAAACAAGGAAGAGAAAACUGCGUUGGAAAUUGCUGCUUCAAGGGGACAACAAGAGAUGGUGGAGUUGUUGGAAGCUAACUCUGCUACCAACUUAAAGAACAUCCUAGAAGAUCCAACACAAAUUUCAGAUGGAAUUAGGAGAAUGCUACGUAAUUUUUUCCCAAGCCCUACCAACUCUGUCGAGGAAAAGAUUGCUGGGAUGAGCACAGUUCAUUGGAUCAAAAUAUCAAGCGAGCAGCGAAGUGCACAAAUAUUUGUUGAUGGUCUGAUUGCGACAGUUGCCUACCAGGCAAUAGUGAACCCGCCUGGUGGUGUUUGGCAGGGUAGUGCUAAAAAUGAUUCACCUGUGUCAAUCUUAACCAAGAACUUUGGCAUCUCAUCCUCGCCUGCCCGAACGAGCGAUGUGGGAACGAGUGUCAUGAACACGAGCACAUUCUUUAUAUUUUGGCUUGCAAAUUGUGUAGUAUUUGUGUUCUCGGUUGCACGAAUGAUACAAGUAAUUAGCAAUCCAAGCAGAACUGGAAUUGAACGUUUCUAUCCAAUUCCGUUAUAUGUGUUGCUUUCUUGCUUCCUAAUCUCAGCAGCAAUUACAGCACCAAGUGGUGCACUCUCCCAUUACGCUCUUGAAUAUCUUAUCGGAGCUGUAAUCUUACUCGGUCUUUCUUGUCUACACCGGAUUCUUGCAGAAUUAGGACACGUAAGGAGAUCCCAUUGGCGUACGCGUGAUGGACGAGAAUGGUGGCAAUCUGGGAAGCACUAGCUCUGUGGCCAUGGCAACGUUUGUGUAUCAUCUUUCUUUCUUGUUGGUUCGUAUGCUUAAUUAAUCCCGUGUGGUGUGUAAUUUUUUUCAGCGUAGCAUUAUUUGUCUAGUAUGCUGCAAAACUUCUAGGUGGACGUGUGCU